AAUUACCGCGAGAACAAACCGCUCCGUAUGUUCUCUCACAUCACUCUCGCGGUACCGUUAUGUCAUAAGAUGAUCGUUCUGCGCAGCGACACAUCAAGUCGAUCAUACCUGUGGAAAGCAUGCACGCUAUCUCUGUCUUGUCCCUCCCUUUCCCUCGAAAGUGAGGAGAAACUUUGGAGGGAGCCCAAAGGCACGCCAUACGAAAGAAUGAAUGUCAUUAUUCUCUUAACAAUUUUGUCACUCUUCACGGACGGUGUGUUUGGUGAUGAAGUGAAGUCAGUAUCAGUGAUGGAGGGAGAUUCUGUUACUCUACACACUAACCUCACUGAAAUUCACAGAGAUGAUCUGAUAGAGUGGACGUUUGGAAGCACUCCCAUUGCUUCAAUCAAUACAGAGGCCAAUUCGAUUCGUAUUGAGUCAAAUCGUCUGCAGAUAAACAAUCAGACUGGAGAUCUCACUAUCAGAAACACCAGAGCUGAAGAUUCUGGAGUGUAUGAAGUAGAUAUCACCGGCACGAGGACUUCAUUUAAAAAGCUAUUCAAUGUUAGCUGUGUGAGUGAUUCAUCAUCAGAUGGAGUAAAGUCAGUGUCGGUGAUGAACAGAGAUUCAGUCAUUCUACACACCGGUUUUACUAAAAUAAAGCCAGAUGAUCUCAUAGAGUGUAGGUUUGGACCUCAACGUUCCCUUAUAGCUUCAUUUAAUAAAUCAUUACAUACGUAUAAUGCUAUUAGGGGAAUCGAAGACAGACUUCAUUUGAAUCAUUGUAAUGGAGAUCUGACCCUUAGAAACAUCAGAAAUGACACAUGUGGACUUUAUGAAGUACAGAUUAAAGGUGGCAAGAGCUACACUAUAAAAAAGAGUUUCAAUGUGACUAUCAGUGAUGGACUGAAAAUGAUUUCUGUGAAGGAGAGGCGCUCUGUCACUCUAUGGUCUGGUGUUAAAGAAAUAGACAGAGAUGGUGUGCUCUUGUGGUGGUUUGAACACGGAGAUUUACCCAUAGCUAAAAUCGAUCGAAAAGCUGAAAUCUUUCACACAUAUGAUGGUGAUGAUGGGAGAUUCAAAAACAGACUGGAGUUUGAAUAUCAGUCUGGAAAUCUCACCAUUAAGAACAUCAGAACUGAACAUUCCGGACUUUAUCAUGUUGAUAUCAGCAGCAGCACGCACACUUUAUUCACUAGAUUCAGUGUUACUGUCAGUGAGCGUGAUUUGUCUUCAGUCGCUGCAGUCGGAGUUAGUUUUCCUCUUCUCUUCAUGUUUAUUGCUGCUGUUGCUGGUUUGUGCUACUACCGACGGAGAUUCUUUAAAUUACAAAGACAUCGGGGUAUUACAUUACCAUAGGAGAUGAAAAGCAUCCUGACUCAACUGUAAGAAUAUCAAAUACAUCAACUUCUUACCAGACAGAUGUUUAAAGUGCUGGUCAGGUCCAAUUUCUAAGCUUCCUAAUAUUGUUAAAGAGUGCCCAACAACAGGUUUAAAUGCAUGCAAGCUUAAAAAACAUUUUCUCAAAAUAUAAAUGUAAUAUUACCCCAUUUCUCAGAGAUCCCCAAACGAUUCGUGCAAAGCCGUUCAAAGAUUCAGUCUGCCUUAACCCCACCUUACAGUAGCUUACUCUGCUCUGAUUGUUCAACUGACACAGUCUCCGCACAAUCCAUCAAUAGUGCAACAUGCAUUGACCUAGUGCUAACGUGACUUACCGACAAACAUUAAAGUUUGAAAAAUGACAUCAAUACACAUCAUUCAUCAUUAAUCCAAGUAAUAAAAGUAAAGUUAUAAAAAUUAUGACAGACACUAACAUUUUCACACUCAUUUAAGCAAGUAUGUAAGCUAACCGGGCCACAGCAAACAGUAGUUUAACUGCAACAUGCGUUGCUAGCGCAACUUACUUAUAAGACAUUUAACUUACUGUAGCUUUAAAUUUAUGUUAUUUACUGGCAACAGUUUGUUCGACCAUUAAACAUGAACAAGUCUUCUGGGAACCAGAAAUCCUUAUCCAUCUUUUUCUGUUUUUUUCCCUCAGAUUUUGGUUCCCAGAAUGCUUUGCAUGAGGCUGUUAUUUAAGUUUUAUUCUGUGUCAUUUAAUUUUAAACAAACUAUACAUUUAAAUCUACAGUAAGUUCAUGGAAAAAGCUACCAGUAAUAAUUUUUUCUAAAAAAAACAGUUUUAUAUUUAUUUUAGACUGCCAGAAAGACCCACAAGCAUUUCCAGUAUGUUUAUUAAAAUACAAUGGUGCUUAAUUGAAAUGACCUUUAUACACUGUCACGAAAAUUGGUCAAAAUAUAUACCCACUGAGGAUUUACUUUUUUAAAGAGUACAGCUUUGGACCAAAUGGUUCAAAUUAGGACCUUUUUAAAGGGUGCACUGCCCUUGUCCAUUUUGUUUUUGCAUUUAAUAUCAAAUCAAUGACUUCCUUUAAUACUGCUGUGUCAGGAUGUCUGAAACCUGACUGAUAUUUCUGCUGUGUAUUCAUCUAACUUCAUGCUGCUGUUGCAUUGCAACUUUUUCUAAAAUUUUACUUAAAAUUUGAAAUUAGUGUCUAGUUAAGAAGAGAACAAACAAUCCAGUUUUUUCUUUAAAGUGCCUUCACAACCGUACAUUUCUGAGAAUUAAGAAAAAUGUCUGUUUCCAGAGGAUGUAAGUGUUAACAACAGAUUCUAACAAAUAGUGUGAAACCUCUAUAAAAACAUGGUUGCUAUAGGGUCAUCAUAACUGGAAGAUGAAUUUAGCUGAAAAAAUCUGCAAAAGGUCCUGAACAUUUUUAUUUUUUGGCCUGUAGAACUUGUAAACUCAUCAAUGAAAGCAUAAUCAAUAUAAUAUUCAAUAGCAGAUCUAAUCUGUUCUCUCUUAACAUUAAAAAAUGUUGCAAAUUAAUCUUUAAUUUUUAGUAACUUUAAAAAAAUGCGAUCCAUUUUUGAAAAAGUCAGAAAUUUUUUUCAAACAUAAUUUUGUUUCAGAGCGCGCUCUUUGUAUUUUCUCUAGUGUCAGGAACUGAAAUCUCAUGAUAAAGAGUUCAUUUUGUUUUUUCUUUAGAUGCUAUGACUUAAAGCCUUUCAUCUUUAAUUGAUAGAUAUGUUUAAUUUUCAAUGGCAUAUUAUUGCUAUUGAUCUUAAGUUGAUUUUAAAGGGGCAUUAAAACAAUUAAAAAUUUCUGUACUGUCAGCAUUUCACUCAAAGAUAAGACUAAUAGUGUUAAUUGUGUACAUAAUGACAUUACACAAUUGGGAUUUUUGGGAGGGCUAAAAGGUGGUUGUGAAAAAUCGGUUGCAAAUCAGUUUUUUUAUACUGUUGAUCAAAUGUGUGAUUACAAAAGUUUUUGGGAAUCUUUCCUUGUUAUACUGAUGUAGCUAAAGUGUUACUGUAGGUGGUGAGUGUUUUUUUAUUUUCCUUUAUGAGUUAUACAUUUUUGUUUGAAUAUUACAAUGACUAAAUGACUUUGUAUGGGAUUGAUUUUAAUAUUUUGGAUUAUAUAUAUAUUAGUGCACAAAAACUGUAACCACAGGUAGCUUUAUUUCACUGUUUUAUCAUAGACAGAGUUUCACAUUUGUCUACAAGCAAACAGGGGAAAUGCAGUACUUUAAGGUUAGCGAGAGAGUAUGGCUUCAUGGUUUAAAAAAAUUAAAAACUUUCUUGGUCUUAAACUACUUAAUCUAGCUAUGAAUAUAUCAAAUAGACAAAUAAAAUAUGAAUUCUUAUAUUUCGAUUUCAUUAACAGCUCCGACAAAAUCUUAAGGGACUCUGGUGUGGGGGGCUGUGGACACUUCUGCUGAAAAGUUUUGAGAAAACUUUGUAAUAUUUUUGCGUCUUCAAAGUAGCAAAGUCAUUACAUUGUCACUAUCAAGCAGCUUCUUGAGGUCACACCUUGGAAACUUUAUUCUUACUAGACCCUUAUUAGACACUUAUUACUCUUAUUAGCUGCUUUUUUCCCAUUAUUUGUUCCAAGUCAUUAAUUUCAAAUAUAUAUUUUCAAAAUAAAAUUUUAGUUUUCUAAUUAAAGAAAUAACUGUUACAGUUUUUAUUUUUAUUUUUUAAGUCCUUUCAAACAUUUAAAAAUUGGUGUUUAAAUUGGUGUG